AUGAAUUCCCGAUAUUGUAUUCUAAAGCUACUCAUUUUAAUCAUAAUCCAAGAAUGUUCGAGCAACUCAGCCGGAUUCUAUGGCACUUGCAACACUUCAUUCAGUUGCGGGACUAUCUCAGGCUUCCAAUACCCUUUCCGGCGCCACCAAGAUCCUACAUACUGUGGGUACCCCGGUUUUGAGCUAAAAUGUGACGAUAAUCUGCCUACUAUCAACAUCAUGAACAUUACAUAUAAGGGUCUGGGAAUCGAUCCAACGGCCCAGAUUUUGAAGAUUGUUCGAGAGGAUAUGAUCAACUCAAUGUGUCCACAACAGCUAGUAAACACCACCAUUGAUCCCAAGCUUUUCGAUUACACUAAAAGCUACAUGAACAUUAGCAUCCUUUUUGGAUGCCCACUUUCUUUUAACUUCAUGGGGAUCGGCUCUAUUUUCUGUGCUAACGAUGAACUUAGUCAAGUGUUUCUAGUUCCCGGGAUACAAGGUCCGGGGAAUUGCGAAACUAGUGUUGUAAUCCCAUUUCCAGUUGAGUUCUUGAAAUCAACUGUAUUGGGUCGGGUUUUUCAAAAAGGGUUUGAUGUGAUUUGGAAGGUGGAAGGUAGUGGUUGCAGAGACUGUAUCCAGUCGGGUGGCCAAUGCAUUUACGAUGAUAAUACCGUUCUAACCAUGUGUGCUUGCCCUGAAUCACCAUUUUUGGCUGAUAGUUGCUCAACAGUUAACAAAACCAAUGUCAAGGCAUCACCAUUUGUAUCAACAUCAACAUCAUCUGUACCUUGUUUUUUUGGCAUCUUAUGGUAA